AUGACAUCUGGUGUGCUGCAAGGAUCUAUUCUUGGACCCCUGUUGUUUGAUGCAUGUAUUAAUGAUAUAUAUGCCAAUUUGAAGAAUGUUACAGAGUUGAAAUAUAUAAAUUACAUUAAAUUUUACCUUGAGAUAACAGAAAUAGAUCUUAUACACUAUAGAUCUUUCCUGCAAUUAAAUCUAGCAUUGGAUUUCCAACUGGCAACUCAAUUUGGUUAUGGACAAGUGCAUCACCAUGUAAUUUGGGAGAAAAACCCAGCUUUUACAUGCUCCCCCAACAGCACCAAUCCUAACAAGUAUGUUAGUGAACGUGAUAUGGGUGCUAUUAUCAACAACAAUUUGUAUUGGACAAAUUACAUGUCUAAGAUUGUCAAGAAGGCUGAGAGUGUCUCAGUAUCACUCAGUAAGACCUAUGUCAGCCAAUCUACAGCUGUUUAUUUAAAGCUGCACAUGUCUAUGGUAGUCAACACUUAG